GGGAUGGUGAGUAUUAUAUACCAUUGCAAAAAUCAAUGGAGAAUAUUAUACUCCUGUCCAUCUCUGCAACUCUCAAUUCGAUAAUUCCUAGGGAGUGGCGAAACCCAUUUAAAUGACAACAAAUUCAAAAAAUUUCCCAGUCAAAAACUAAUUAUCGCGUCACUCCCACCCCACCCACCCACCCACCCAUCCCCUUUUCUCUCUGCAAACUCUAACAACUCUCAGUUUUGUUUUUUCAUUCUUUCACAGUUUCACUAAAUUCAAUUCCCAACUCAGGGGGUUUCCAUUUCCUAUUUCCACAUGGAAACCCUAAUUCCAAAUCUCCCCCUUUUUUUCUCCUUCUUCCUUCUCAUUUACCUCUCUGCUCAGUUCAUCGUCUUCCGUAGCUGGAGUCCCAAAUUCCGUCCCGAAGCCUCCAGUUGCUUAAUCUCUCUCUUUCACGGCACCCCCGCCGUCUUUUUCGCUGCCUACGCUAUUUUCACCGAUGCAAGCCACAGUUUCUCCUCUCCGAAUACGAGAACCCAAAACGCCGUUCUUGAUUACAGCAUUGCUUAUUUUUUAAUGGAUCUCGUUCACUACAUAGUCUUUUUCCCUAGCGACCUUCUUUUUAUCGGUCACCAUUUAGCGACGCUUUUCGUUUUCAUCACUUGCCGUUACGUUGUUUCUCACGGCGCGUUCGCUAUACUCUCUUUGCUCAUUCUUGCUGAAGUGACAAGCGCGUGCCAAAACGCCUGGACACUCGCGCGUGCUAGAAGGGAGGAUGUGAAAUUCGCUGCUAAACUGUACGACUCACUGUCGCCGCCUUUUUAUGCGUUUUAUUGUUUAGUGAGAGGGUUUUUGGGUCCGUAUUUUGUUUAUAAAAUGGGAAGGUUUUAUGUAAGUGGAGUUGCUGAAAAUGUUAUACCUAAAUGGGUUUGGGUUUCUUGGAUGAUUGUUGUGAUGAUGGCUAUUUCUGUUAGUUUAUUGUGGAUUAGUAAUUUGUGGGUUGAGUUGUAUAGGGAGAAGAAGGGUAGAUUUGGAAAGAAAUUGACAUAAUGAGGUUUAUUAGAAUUGUAAUCUUCUUUCCUUUUUCUAUUUUCUGCUGGGUGGGUUAGAGAAUUCAGGUUAUAGAAUUAUGUCGUGUAACACUCAAAAAGAUGUGUUUUGGGGGCUGAAAUUAUUUCUGAUAAUGGAUGCCAAAUUUUUGACAUGUCACUUGUGUUCCAUUUACUAAAUGAAAUUUGUUUCUAUUAUCCCA